CCUGCUGCCGGUCGUCAGCCGAAUGGCCGAAGCAACCGAAAGUGCUGUGAUGCGCGUUGCGUUGUUGUGCAUUAUCUCGCUUGACCACUGUAGUACUUGAAUGAAACGACGCUAAAGUAUAAAAGUGUUUUAUUUUUAUUUUUUCCUGGUCGCGAGAAUAAUCAGUUGCAAUGUGGCGAUGAAUUGGCGUGACCACCUUUGUUUGUUGACCGUGCAAACAAGAAAAAAACCUAUCAGUUCAUCUUAUCGGUGCUGCUGUGGUUGAAGUGAUUGUGCGAAAAUCCUGGGGUGCGCUUCGCCAUACCAUAUUGCUGCGAUCUGUCAUACCUCUUGGUCACGCUGGCCUAGCCAUGUUGUCCUUUAUAACUUGCUCGGACGAACGCGAUCGUUACCAAGCGGUGCCUGUACCUGUGCCUAUUGAAAACUUUAAACCAGCCAGCGUUGUGAAGUUGUGGUGUGUGCGUGUGAACCAUUUGUUUUACGUUAUUAACGGCGACGAAAAUUUGUACGCGUGCUGUGUUAGUUCGUCUCCGACCAUUCCACAUAAAUCAUUUAAGAUCCCGCUGGAUGUACCUUUGCGAGAUCUAUUGAGUGCACGUAGCAAUCAUGUUGUUCUUGUUUUCGAUGAUGGUAGUGUCCGCACUUUGCACUACAGUCGUGAAGAUGGUUGGAUCGAUGGCAUUAAGUUUCAUCUUCCAUUGGAAGCGACUUGCAGUAUCGAAUAUGCUAGCAUCUGUGCCGAAAGCAAUCUCUUCUGGAUUCAGCGAUCAAGCCAGUUCCGCGACGAAGUGGGUUACUCGUUGUGGAAGUGCUCCCUUUCAUGGGACAGUGACGACCUCCCAAACGUACAGUGUUUAGCCCACAGGCUACCACCUUUCCAUUUGUAUGUUUUAAAAAAUGCUGUAAUAGUUAUUCCAUGCCUGCCCGAUCCACCUAACAUUUAUCUUUCGUUUGGCGCUACUCAUGAUUUUAAAAUGGGCUCAUUGGCAAAGCAGGCAGUGUUGUUAACUACGACGCUGUCAUCGCCAUUGGAUGUGGCUGCUUUCUACAAGAGGCACAUUCGGUUCUGGCAGGUGCAAACACAUGCUGCAGUUGUGCACCACAGUUGUGUGUCGCCUCUUGCCAACUGCCUGUAUCUCCUUCUAAAGGAUAACUCGGUCAUCAUGUUAAGAUCAUCAGGAGAAGUUCUGCGGCAAGCAGUCCUACAAGACGUGUCACCUCAUGUCCUGGGCUGCUGCAUAGUAGCAUCAACUCUCUGUCUAUUUGAAGACUCUGCUGUGCAACUCUAUGACUUGACCAGUGGCUCACUGCUGGAAGAAUUGACCUUACAGGGAAGUUUUCGUGGUGUGCUGCCAAGCCUGUGGGCUUUUUGGACCACUGAGGGAGUCUACCGAUUAACUGUGUCUGGAAGCACAUGGUGCCGAAAUAGCUCUAGUCAAUUGCAGAGUGAAGCACUUGUGUAUGCUGCUUGCCAUGCUGGUGCUGAGACAACACCUGGCUUGCCAACCGAGGCGCAGGUUCGAACCAAAUUGAACCGUAUUUUACAUCCACUAGUUGAGUGCUAUUGGAAGCUGCAGCAAACAAAGGUAGCCCUCACUUCCUGACCUUGCACAUCCCAGACCUUGCACAUUAAUAUGUGGAAGGUGCACACAGUGUGAAGACUGUAAUUCUGCAAAACGAAAUGCUAGACAUGAUUUCAAACAAUUGGUGAUGUUUACUCUAACAACGCUUGUACUUGAGUAAGGUAUCCCAAGCUUGCGCACUUAAGUAGUGGCCAUUGUUGUCAGUACAUUAGCAUUCCAUUAUCUGCCUUCCCAGGUGACUACAGACACAUACACUUAUGUGAUGUUUUCAGAAAAUGUGCUUUGUGUGCCUGUGCUACUUCAUGAGCUAGUCAAGGGUAUAGCUAGAAAGAAAAAUGCUUGACAAGUGCAUUUUGUGCCUGUUAUCAAUAUCGCUGCACUCUGUUAUGUCUCUGUAGGUGUGAAUAUAGAUAAUAUGCAGUGUAAACAUUUAUAUUGGCCACAAAGGGCCCUAGUCAUUUUGCAUGUUGAGCCCGAGUGUAGAUGACUGAACAUUUAUUGUUUGCUUCCUUGGAACUGGCACUUAUUAAACAGGCAAGCAAGUACCAGUGCCUGUACUCUAGAGCCCUGGUUUUAUGAAACUCAAUUUUCACAUUUUUCUAAUAUAAAAAAUAUAAAUAAAAAAUAAUGGAGUUUUACAUUCCAAAACCACAAUCUGAUUAUGAGGCACGCCGUAGGGGGACUCCUGGAUAAUUUGGACCACCUGGGGUUCUUUAAUGUGCACCUAAAUCUAAGUACAUGUGUUGAUAUAAGACACAGAUUAUGCUUCUCCUUCAGAUUAGCAUCAAGCUCAAUGAGCUUGCAAUUUAGAAAGAAUAAAUUAAUUUAGCAUCAGUUUUGGUGAAAAGAUUUUUGCAGGAAGGAGAAAAGGUCACUGCAAUAUUGUAUUAUUUAAGAUAUCACGCAAUUAUAUUGCGGCAUUGAAAUUUUUUUUCUACAAACCAGUGCGUAAUGGUAGAAGCAUUUUUUGGCCAGCAAGCAUUUUUUGGCCAACAGUAUUGGCUGGGCCUGCACAUUAGCAGCUCUGGUAUCAGUGAAUGUGUGCACGACUCUCAUUGCAUCAAGUUGCCUCCUUUCAGCCUCACACAGUGACACAGGCAUUUGUUCCUCCUGCAUCUUAAAAAAUGGACCACGAGAAAAAUGAAAAGUUCUGUCUGUUGAAAAGAAAACCGAAAUAUGUGGCAUUAUAGGUGGACCAAAAAGAAUAUAUGAAUUAUGACAUCAGGCCAACUGUUGGACACUCAGAAUUCUGAGGCAAUUUUCUUGUGUCCUAGAGGGAGCUGAAUGCCCUGUAUGAGCUUAUGAAACCUAUACAGGCAAAAAUGACUUUUUUGCUCAACAAUUAGCGUUUUGUUGCCACAAGUUCAUAUGCAGACAAACAAAGCUGAUUCUUAGCACCAGUUUACUCAGCAUUAGCACUUGGCAAAGUUAUUUUCAGGCACCAGUUUACCUUUGUUAAAUUGGGGUUUGAAGGCCAACUGCAGCAAAAUUUCUCUUGGCAUAAAAAACAUUUUUAGUGAUAGUGUAGCUACUGAGAUGCCUCUGUGUAAAGUUUUGUGUGUAAAAUUAGUAUGGGUGCAUCAGAAACAACUUGCAGAACUCCACGUUUUCCAUACCGAAACAGAAAAAAGUGCCUCAAUUACAGCUCGCCGGAACUGAUCCAGAAGCCAGAGUCAAUGUGACCUCAACCAAUGUCCCUGUACGCUGCAUCACACACAUAGUCUAUGCUCCUUGUGGUUGGGUGUAAGACAUUUCCACAUAUUGCAAAUGCAAAGCAUACCAUUGGAGCAGCUCCCAGCAUCCUGCAUUUGAUUCCGGGAUUGGCGUCAUAUCUGCCUUAUUGUGUAUUUGUGUGGCAUGCUUCUAGGCAUGCCUGUUGUCUGCUGCACGGAAGUCUGGACGGUGUUAAUUAAAUGUAUGUAUGGUUACUAGCCUUAUGGUUUUUUAACAUUUUGAGCUCAAGUGAGAUUUCGUUGCAGUUGGUAUUUAAGUAUGUCCUAAUGGCUUCAGAAUGGAAUUGGCUGUAGUGGUUUCCGUGUAGCAAACCUUGGCAAGGAAGCAGUCUAUCUCUUUAGCGAAACUUAGUUCGCAGCUGCUGUGUUGUUUUGUGUGUGACGCACUUGUGCAAGCCGUUUCAGUUAUGUGGCCACAUUCUCUUGGUUGUCACUUUAUGCACUAGCAUUUAUAGGGUGCAUGACAUUGGUGACUGUAGUUGUCUGUCUGGUAUCCUUUGUUACACACUCCAAAAAUAAAUGUGCUAGGGGAAGGGGGUGUGGGGGCGAAGACCGAGAAGCCACACCAGCACAACAGUGUUGAGCGUAGCACAGUUUAUGGGGGCAUAGCUCUGCAUGUAUUUCUAUAAAUACAGUGUCAGGUGAAACUUGAUGUAGGCUCAAAAAGCUCCUAUUCAUUUACAUAUGGCUUCAAGGAAAUGUUACAACUGUUCAGUACAAGAAAUAAUUGAAAAAAAAACUCGAGUUGAUAUACAAAUGGCCAUGACUUUUUUUGCUGCAACUGGUUGAAUAGGUUUUCUUAAUAAUCCUUGUAAACUACAAAAACUGCUGCAUGUACUAUCGACCCAAAAAGUUUACGGACCAUGGGAUCUCAGAAAACACUAAAUAUCUGAGCAGCCUUUAAAAGUAGCCAGUAAAACCGUACAUCACAAUGUUGUUCGCAUAUAGCAGUAGAGGCUGGAAAUGGGAAUACCAGGCUGGGGGGGGGGGGGGGGGGGGGCAUUUUGAGGCUGCGGAGAUAUUCAGCUUUUUGUCAGAUCCCUUGGUCCGUAAACUUUUUUGAUCGAUAGUACUUGAAUACAGAGGUAAACAAAUUUUCUUUAUUAAAGAUGCUGUAAAAGCACAUGAAGAUAGCAAGAUAUUGUAGCAUGGUGUGUGGCCAUGCUAGCUAGCUGCUUUGGCGAGGCACAUGGCAUAGCCUCCAAACAAGACAAUUGGUACCAGAACAAAUGCUUGUAUUGUGUCUUUUUUCUCACCUUGCUUGUAAGGGCACAGAAGGCUCUCUAAGGUCUUUGGUUGCUUGGCUAUGUGAUCAUCACUGCGUAACAUUGUGUGGGGCACAAGCUGUAUUGAAACUUUAAUGACCACUGAACUAGGCUGACUGCUAAAUGAAUUUCAGAAAUGCUUGACAGAUGGUGCCUUUGGAUCUGCAUAUAUGAGUGUAAUCACUGUGGUUCUUGAUAUGAAAUGGAUUACGGCUCUAUGCAACAUAUUUUAUGAUAAGAAAGCAUGGGAAUUUACUGUCUGCAAGAAUUGCAAUGUCGAUGUUCCCAAAAUAAUGAGGCAUUUGGAGCAUGUGUGAGUGAGAUUGAAAUAGCAUUGAUAUAAGAAAUACCAAAAUUACAUGCUUUCACAAUUUAACUGCUUGGUGUGAAGUCAAGGUGCUGCUUAAAGCAAUCUAUUUUCUGUUGGUACAUCCCAUUUCUUCUUCUAUUGUACAUGUAAGUCAUGUGAAGCUCCUUGUAAACCAUAGAAGCACUUUGAAUGGUACCUGUUCAUGUUGUUAGUGGAGUUGCAAUGAUUCAAGUCUGUGUCGCCAUUUGUUGUUCUUAUCAUUGAUUC